AUGAACAUUGCUUCAAUACCACCCAGUUCAAAUUCUCAACGGAAUUCAAUAUCAGCUGCUUCGUAUGAAAAUAAAUCCAUACGAUCGUAUUCAACUAAUAAUGAUAUCAUAAUACCCCAAAUGUUGGUUCAUGAUGACCCAGUUCUGAACGAUAAUUCUCAGCAAAUAACAGUGUCAAGUCCUACACCCCUUUUAUCACACGUUGGGUUUCAAUCGAUAUUCCAUGGAGUCGCCAAUAAAGGAUCAAUAUCCAAAACCAACAACACAAAUCCCAAUACUUUGAGCAGUAACAACAGCUCGUCGACAACUUUAUCAACUUCUCCAUCCACAUCAAGCAAGAAUGGUUUUAAAAGCUUGUCUCCAAUUGAAAAGUCACAAUCCUCCACUUCAUCAUCUUCAUCUUCAAUAUCUUUUUUGGGUCAUAAUCUCACUCGUAAGAAAAGUAUGUCGAUAUUUAGUCUAAAUAGGAAUGGUAGUACUACUUUGAAAAAACCUGACCUUACCAAGUUAUCUCCAACGAUAAGUAGCACAUCAAGUAAUAGAUCAAUUACAUCAACAACGUCAGGUAUAUUGACUAAGAAAUAUGAUUUUGGUAAAUUAAUGAAUAAAAUAUUUACACACAACAAACCCUUUAGAAACCAGCGUAAAGUCGACAUCGAACCUGUACUUCCUCAUUCAUUGGGUAAAUUUUUACAUUCGUCAUUCGAACGACGUAAGGGGACGUCAAAAUCUCUAUAUAUUCACAAUUCCAGAGUUGAUCAUGUAAUGGACUCCAACCAUUCCAUUUAUUCGUUCAAUCCAGCAUUACCUGUCAAUGAUACUGUAUCGCCAACACAAGAUACUAAUCCUGAAUACAUGUUGCAAGAUCUACUAAGACAUUUACCAUCGUUGGAAGCAAAUUAUAAGAACUUUACAUCUGAAGAAUUAUCAAUACUUUCAGGUAAUCUUUGGUACAUUUUUUGUAAUUAUAUUGUUGAUUUUUUCAGGGAUAAAAGGUUAUGGAACUCACGAAUCAAAAUUGAAGAUUUGAAUAAUAUUCUUUUAUUUUAUUAUAAGUUGCCUAAUACGCUGAAUUUCAUUUGGUCAGAAUUGAAUGAAUUUUUAAACUCAUCUUUGUUCAUAUUUGAGAACGAGAUCAUUUUUAAUUAUUCUAAUGAAUAUAUCAUGAAUAAUCCGUUGAAAAGAUUAUGCAUCAUUUGGCAGAAAUUUUAUCAAGAAGUUUAUUAUGAUAUAUUGACUAUAUUUUUACCCUUUAAUAGAAUCAUUGAACAAAAAUCCAAACUUAAAAAUAAGAGUAAGAAAAAAGGAAGUAAUGGUAAAAGCAAUGACGAACUAUGUAGAACGUAUUCCACGGAUAUGUUAUUAUUGAAAUGUUUCAGAGAUUCUAUAGUAUUGCCCUAUUAUCAAAAUAUAAUCAAUAGUACCACUGAAACGAGUAAAACGUUACAAUUAUAUAUUUUCAAUCAAGAGGAAGAAAAUUCUGUGAGUCAAGAAGAUAAAUUGAUUUUACUUCAAUGUUUCGGAAUUCUAUCUACUGUUUAUAGUGGUGACAAGGACCAAAAGAUAGUUGAAGAGUUGUUAGAAGGUGUACGCAUUAGUAUAUGA